UGUUGCAAACAAUAAUGUUGCGAAAAACCCCUCCUUGUGUUUGGAAGCACCACUGGCCCUUCCCUCCGCCUCCCGGCGUCGCUCGACGGCUGCUGCAUCGUUUACCGGGUGGACGGCGUUGGAGAUCCGUGGUUGUGGUGGUUUUUUUUUCUACCAGUGAGCGGCAGUGUGACUGGCAAGAACAUAUGGCCCGUGGUCAAUCUCAGAAGGACGAGGAUACUAGCAGCUCGACGAGUAGACGCGCUAGCAAGAAAAGGAAAGACAUAAUUGACUCGAGCAUUUCUGGUUCGACGACGAAUGCUAGCCCUAAAACCAAAGUUUCGAGUGGCAAAGCGAAAGACAGCAGGACUCUGACUACCACGAGUUCAGCAGCGACGGAUUCUUCCAAUUUGAGAUCUGCUAGGGAAACAACUACCAAGAAAGCGAGCGUGUUGGGUCCUAUCUUGCGGAAAUCAGAACGGCUUGAGAACCAAAAUAUGUCAACCCCUUUGCAGAAAAGGGGUUCAGAUAUGGAAGUCAAGAAUCAUAGUCCGCUAAGACGGUCAAAGAGGAUUGAGAGGUUCUGCGCAUCAAGUUCCUCAGGUUCAAAGCUGUCUGGAAAAAGCUCAACUCCUUUGGUGAAGAAGAAAGUGAACGAGGUGAAGAAUGAAAAAACAAAAUCAGUUUCAGGCACCACAGGAACGAACAAGUCUAAGAAGCUUAGCAGUGGUAGUAGCCGAUUGUUAAAAAACCGAACGAGAAUGGAUGCCCGGAGUUAUAGAGCUUUAUUUACACCACUAACUAAAAAGGCCAAAAUUUCAGAUUCCACAGAACCAUUGCAUGACUGUGUUUCAAGGGCUGCUGAUUCUGCAGCAGUAGUAGAGCAUGGAGAUGAGUGUAGUGGAAGAAAGUGUGACGAGCCUAUAGUGAAUCCUUGUGAUAAAGAAUUAAAAGAAACUGCAGAAGGUUCUAGUUCAGUUUCAAGAGAGCUUGAAGAGUUGGUCCAGGGAGUUGAUAGAGCAAGUACAUCUUGUUUUAACGUGAAGCGAAAGUUAACUGGAUUAAGUGAGUCCAAAUAUGCUGAUAACAGUACUAGUUCACUGCAGCCUUCUCUAGCUGGAAAUAUUGCCAAAGAAUAUGACAAUGGCAUGUUUCAGAGAGAGACUGACAUUGAUCGUGACGAAAUUGAUGCAUGUAAGUUAAAUACAGAAGAUUUUGGGUUAUUACAGCCUGCAGAGCAUGCUUUUCAAAAUAGACCCUUCACUGCUGAUGUUAUUCAACAAAGUGGGGAUACUUCAGCAUCUCCUAGAAGUGCAAAGCUAACUUGUGAUCUUGAUUUGAACACUUCAUUAACACUACAAGGAGAACAUAUGUUGAUUCAGACAAUUUCCAUGGUGGAUGCUUGUCUUUCAUCUCCUUCUUUGACUAGACGAGAUAAUCUACAGCAGUGCACAAAGUGUUUUGAACUCCAAAGGGUUCAGGAUAUGCAAGUUAAGGAGCAAUGUUCAUAUAUUGCCAGAAGCCAUGAUUUAUCCCUCGAAUUGUCUGAGGAAGCUCAUCAUAAAGUUGCUCCAGAUAAACAUGGCAAUGCUGCUAUUUGUUUGCAAGAAGAUAAAUGUAAAGGAAACUCUUUGUCAGAAGCUGAAAGUGGACUGGCUGGAGCAGAGAAGUCAAAUUGUUUUGUAGCUUCAGCCUGUACAGUAAGUCUAAACAUGCUCAUGGAAAGUCCGGAGAUUGGGGCCAGACCAGUGGACUGUAAUCUCAUGGAUAUUUCAAAAGAACAUGAUAAUUCAACUCAUUUGAGAAAGUCCUUGUUUGAAAUUAAGACAGAUGGUGGUGCCAAUGCAUGUGUUGUCUGCAAACACCCAGAAACAGAACUGUCUUGUGAUGGGAAAGGUUGCAACAGAAGCUAUCAUCUUUCUUGUCUUGAUCCACCCCUGCAAAAUUAUCCUGGUGCUUGGCUAUGCAUUUUUUGCAUAAAAAAGAAAAUAGAGAUUGGUGUACACUCCAUAUCUGAAGGAAUAGAUUCCAUUUGGAACUUUAAAGAAGAAUUGCAGAAUGGCAAGCAUUACUUUGUCAAGUAUAAAGGUCUUGCUCAUAUCCAUAAUCAAUGGAUUUCAGAAACCCAGAUGCUUCAGGAAGCUCCUACACUUUUGUCUAAAUUCAAAAGGAAAUAUUACAAAGAGAGGGCUAUAAAAUGGAAGCAGGAGUGGGCCGAGCCUCAUCGGCUAUUGCUAAAAAGAUUGCUGAUGCCUCAAAAGCUGACUGAUGACCUUUUUAAUGGGCUUGCUAAUAGCUUUCCAAAAUGCUACCAUGAGUGGUUUGUGAAAUGGAAAGGUCUUGGUUAUGAGGAUGCUACAUGGGAGCUUGAGACUUCACCAGUUCUAUGCACACCCGAGGCUAUGACACUUAUGAAAGAUUAUGAAGCACGUAUUGAGGCAAAGACAGCAUUUGAUUCUUCCAAAGCUGAAAAGGCUCUGGAGUUCAAGACAAAUCCUUAUAAUAAAUUGACGAGGUUUCCUGAUGGGUGUCCACCUGGACUUGAUAAUGAUCAUUUAUAUGCUAUCAACAGGCUUCGUGAGUUUUGGCACAGGAAUCAAAGUACUGUUUUAAUUGAUGGUCAGGAGCGGGUUAUGAAGUCCAUUUUAUUCAUAUUUUCCUUGCUAUCUUAUGCUUGUCGGCCUUUUCUCAUUGUCACACCUUGUACUUCUCUUUCCUUAUGGGAGACUGAGUUUAAUCGCUUGGCACCUUCUAUCAAUCUUGUUGUCUAUAAUGGGAGCAAGGAUGUCCGGAAGAUGAUUCAAUCUCUUGAAUUUUAUCAGGGAGGUGGUUGCAUAAUGUUUCAAGUGCUCUUGUCACACCCUGAUGCUAUACUUGAGGAUUUUGAAACACUAGAAUGCAUUGCCUGGGAAGCUCUCCUUGUUGAUGAGUGCCAAAGUUCUAGAGUGUUUAAGCAUUUGGAACUGCUUAAGCGUCUUUCAUCUUCCUUCAGGCUGCUUCUUUUAAGUGGUCAUUUGAAGGACAAUAUUGCUGAAUACCUCAACCUGCUCUUGUUCCUUGAUCUAGGGACUGAUGGGAAUUUGGGAUGCAUUAUGAAGUCUGAUUCUGUUGGUGUUGUUGGCACACUUGCUUUAUUGAAAGAGAGAUUGUCACAAAAUCUUGCUUAUGACCGUAAACCGGAUUCCUCUAAGUUUUUGGAGUACUGGGUUCCUGUUCAGCUUUCUAAUGUGCAGCUGGAACAAUAUUGUGCUACUCUGAUUUCAAAUGCCAUACCUCUUUGUUCAUGUUCAAAAAUUGAUCUAGUUGGAGCCCUUGGUAACAUUCUUAUAUCAACCAGAAAGUGCUGUGACCAUCCUUACCUCGUUGAUGAAUCUUUGCAAAGCUCACUUACCAGAGGUCUUCCAGUGACUGAAUAUUUAGAUAUUGGGGUAAAUGCAAGUGGCAAGCUACUAGUACUUGACAAGAUUCUCCAAAUGAUACAAAAUCAAGGAUUGAGAGUGCUGAUUCUUUUUCAGUCAACUGGCAGAGCUGGAAAGACUUCAAUUGGUGAUAUUUUGGAUGACUUUCUUCGUCAAAGAUUCGGUGGUGAUUCCUAUGAGCGUAUUGAUCGUGGAAUAGCAAUGUCAAAGAAACUGGCUGCACUGAACAUGUUUAAUGACAAGGAGAGAGGAAGAUUUGUCUUUUUAAUUGAAAAUCGUGCAUGCUUACCAAGCAUCAAACUUGCAUGCAUUGACGCUAUUAUAAUUUAUGAUAGUGAUUGGAAUCCAUUGAAUGAUCUACGUGCGCUUCAGAAGAUAACUAUUGAAUCACAGCGUGAUUAUGUAGCUGUUUUUCGUCUAUAUUCAUCCUUUACAAUAGAGGAAAAACUUUUAAUUCUUGCAAAGCAGGAUAUGAUACUUGACAACAAUAUGGAUAACGUAAGCCCUAGUGUCUGCCAUUCGCUUCUUAGUUGGGGUGCCUCAUGCCUCUUUCACCGACUAGAAAAGUUCCAUCAACUUCAAUCCUUGGAUAAUUAUUCUCCAAAUUCCUCUGAUAAAAUGCUUCUGCUUAAUGAUGUGCUGGAAAUAUUAACAAAAAUACCAGCCUAUAUUCCUAGCAAAUGUUCAAUUUUGGUAAAGGUCCAGCAGAGUGGAGCAUCCUAUUCAAGAAAUAUAGUUUUGGCUGGUGAGCAAGGAGCCUCCUCAUUCGAUAAAGAUCUGUGCAGUUUCUGGUCAAAUUUAUUGGAAGGAAGACAUCCUCAAUGGCGAUACAUUUCUAAGCCAUCUCAUAGUCAGAGAAGUCGUAGAAAGGUUCACAAUAUGGACAAACUUGUAAUGCCACCUGAAUCAGAAAAUGAAGAAGCAGAGAAAAAGCGGAGGAAGGUAGUUAGCAGCAAUACUGUUGAUCCACUAUAUUCGGAAUGUUCAUUUCAAGGAAGACAAGCUGAAGGCAAUAGCAAUUUGUUGUCUGGAAAUCAUGAUCAGCCAUCUCUUAGUUUCAUGACUAAAGCAGCUUUCAUGUCAAGUAGCUUGCAGACAGAGACUGAAGCACAACUAACAUGUCAAGGAAAGGAUGUAUCACAUGUGUCUCCAAUGUCUGAUGGUACUUCUGAUGUAAAUAAGCCUCACGAGGUUGAUUUAAACGGGAGAGAGAAAUUAAGUUCCUCUCAAAGGAACCUUCAUCUUUCGUUGAAGCCAAAGUUAUCAAAGCUCUGUGAGGUAUUGAAACUUCCGGAGAAUGUCAAGGAUAUGGCUCAAGUGUUUCUGGAGUAUAUAAUGAAUAAUUAUCAUGUUAGUCCAGAACCAAAAAUGAUAUUGCAGGCCUUCAAGAUAUCACUGUGUUGGCGAGCUGCUUCUUUCUUAAAGCAUAAGAUUGAUCACGAGGAAUCACUUGCACUUGCAAAGAAGUAUUUGAAGUUCGCAUGCAAUGAAGAGCAGGCUUCUAAUGUUUAUUCUAAAUUAAGGAUACUAAAGAAGAAAUUUUUAGAUCGAGACAAUGUUAUUAUUAGCAAACAUGAGCCCAGUUUAUUAGAGCCUGGGUCAUCAGUGUCAGGAAAAUAUCUUACUGGAGAACUUGCCUUGGAGAUGACUUCAAAUUCUACAGGAUUUAGUCUUCAUGAAUUUGAGAAAUGUGGACUUCAACAGAGUCCUCAAAGCCACAGUGUUCUUGAGCAACCAAUGUUGCAGGAGCAGGAGCAAGUCCCUGUUCUUGAAACUUCUGCAGAUCUGCAUGAGAACCUUGGUUCUCUGAAGGCCAAACUGCUAAAAAAACAAACUGAUUUGAUUCACAAUAUUUGUUUGAGAAGGGAAGAAGAUCUCCUCCUCAAGCAACAAGAAGAAAUUUCAGAAUUCCGUGUGUGCAAGGAAAAGUUGGAGUUGAAUUUGAAAAGAGCACAUCAUGAACAUUUGGGACAUAUUCUUGAUUUGGUUAUGGAUUCAGCUGACAAAAAUGACAAGAUUAGAAUGUUCAAAGUAGAGUUUGCAAAAAAAAAGGGUGGAUUUGGGAAACACAUGGAUUGCCAAUUUUUUAAACUUAAAGGCAUGCAGUCCGUUGCAAGGGAUAAGGAGCUACAGAUAAAGAAUCACUGGUUCGAAGAAGCUAAGGCUGGUAAACUAACAGAGACUUUUGAUAGCAUUCCUUUGUCAGAGUCUGGAUUCAGGUUGGAGGAAUUCAGAGGAGAUCAAGAUGAUGUUCAUGAUGGUCUAGGGAACAGAAUAUAUGACUCCAGGACAUCUGUACCAUUUCAAAAUAAGCAUACUGUUGGGUCAAUCACUGUGGGUCACUUGGUAACUAGUGGGUUGAGUUCCAAAAGCUCUGGAGGAUCUGCAGUUUUGUCUCCUAGAGGAGCUGGAUGCCUGCCAAGUCAAAUUGAUACAUCCACUUGUCAAUCCAGUGGUUUGAAUGAAACUGAAGUUUAUGGACCAAGAGGGAUGCAUUUGGAAGUUCCAUCAACUAUUCCACCUCCGGAGAUGGUUGUCAUGCCCAUGGAAACUGAAACUCUUGCUUCUGAGAUUCCUACAGGUAAGGUUGAUGAUAUGCCUAUCAACUCUGGAACUGCAGCAACUGUUGAAACUGAGAAGCAAAGGGAUGCAGAAAAUUCUGAUAUGUCAUGCUCGAUAACUUGUCCAUUGGAAAGCAUUCGACAAGGCAGAAGUACAGAUAAUGGUGAGGUUGCAUGCUCAGCAACAUUUUUUCCACAAAAUCUGGUAGACUCUCCUUCCUUCAUACAUGAAGUAACAAGUACUGGUUGUGAAAGUGGUGUUUCAUCAAGUCAGGAACCUUGCUUCAAUGGGCAUGAAAGACCUGAAGACUCUGCUGGUCUGGAUGUCCAAGAUUGUGGCUUUCCCCAAGAAAUUCCUGCAUUAAAUUCAGCUGAUUUUGGCACCUUACAAGUCAAUCCGACCAAUCAUAACAUGACUGUCUUGGAAUCGUUCCUUGAUCCAUUGGCUGUCUGUACUGGAGCAUCCUUGGUUGCACAGAAUCAAGGAAGUGUAGUUUCAUCUCAAAUUGGAGAAGAGCCUUUUGAUCAGAUUCAGCAAUCUUCCCAACAAAAUGAUGUGCCAAUGCAGGUGCCAGUUGUAUUAUCAUCUUUGCUGGUUGGACAGUCUAAUCCUCUCGUCUCCCAGUUUAUUGAGAAUUCAGUGUUACCAAAUUCAGAAAGGAGAUUGCAAGGAAAUAUCAGUGAAGAUUUAACAUGCACUUUUACUCAACCAGAAUCAGUCCAUUAUCCCCUCUUUCCAUUUGCACAGUUGAUGCCAACUCAAGGGCUUCAUCCUGAGCCAUUGAAAAAUGAACUGACUAGAAUACGAAUACAUGAGGAUAUAAUUUCUAAGAUGCAUGAUGAUAAGAAAUCAAAACUUAAACUAGAGUGUGACAAGGAGUUAGAGCAGGUAAGGAGAAAAUACGAUGUGUUACUUCAGGAUGAGGAGUCGCAGUUUCGUCAGAACAAAGAGAUUCUUGAAACCAUUUACAACAAAGUUUUCAUGAAUCAAGUUUUAGCUGAAGAGUUCAGGGCCAAAUUUAUUGAUAACAAGGGAAGAGCUUCUUCGUCUUCGCAAGGCUUUUCAUAGUUGCAGAUCAUGAUUUAUGAAGUUGAUCUCGAAAGGGUUACUUAUGGUGAAAUCACCAUGCAGAAUUCUGAUGGGAUACCUUGGUGUAUAGAUGCGUAUUUUCAACUCAGCGAACAAUGCAGCAGUUACUUCAGUCAUAUCCCAAACUCAGUUUUUCCAGAGAUCUGUGUCACCGUCAACCUCUGUCCGUACUGCACUGUCUACUGUACUGCCUGCUGUAGCCCCAACCUCACUUGUGUCGGUCAGGCUUCGAGCCUCAUCCAUUUCUUCUGGACAGAUAGCCCGCCUGAUCACUCCAGUCUACUCAAGUAAUUCAGUUAGACCUCACUUCAGCCCGAUGCUUCCAUCCCUGGCAAACCUUCAAAUUGGAAGUGAAACCCGUGCGCCUGCUCCACAUCUGCAUCGAUUCAGAACUAACACAUCCAUGCCCUCUCAGAAUCUAGUUUGUACAAAUGGGAUAACCAGUCAGCAGCACUAUCUUGUGAAUGUAGGUUCAGCUACCAUGGAACAAGUUGCAUCUAUCCCUACGAGCAGGUCAUCUGUUUCAAAUACUCUAUCUGUUUGUCGGGGUUCCUCCCCAUCUGAUGUUGAGUUUCAUGUGGAUACUGAGGACUCCGGACGAGCUAACCAGCCUAACUCGUCCCAGUUAGCUGACUUUACACCAAAAUUCGAUCGUUGGUCCUCAACUAAUCGUACUUCAACAACUUGCGGAUUGUCUCAGUCACGUUGAUGUUGUUAGGUUGCCUUUUAACUCAGAUGUAGUCUGUCUAUCAGAUGAUGACUGAUCUUUAUAAGUUCCCAGUCAUCCAUCCUCAUAUUUUUAUACCAUCUGUCGAUAACAGUUAAUAACCUUGGAAAAGUUCGUCCUUCCAAUCCAGUAUAGAGCCAGAAGGAAAGACACGAGGCAAGUCAAGGAGGGGUCAGGUCUGGUAAAUUUUACCCCUCUACUUGUAUAUCUAUUCUAUUCCAUCCUAGAAUUAGAUAGCUGAACCAAUUUGUUGUCAUGGCCCCAUUCUGAUCUGUGAAUAAGCGGGCCAAAUUUUAACCAGGAUGCAGUUAGCAACUGAAUGGCAAUAGUCAAAUAAUUGCAGGUAUCUAAACAUUAACUUGGGUCAUCAACUUCCAUCAUAGAAUCUUUUUGUGAGCUCAGAUAAAUAUGGUACGUGGUAUCUUGCGUGGCUUCCCUAUAACUUCGAUCAGUAAGAAUGCUGUGCAUGAUUGCUAUAUGUGACCCAGAUUUCUGUAAAGCUGUGUACCACGGAGGUAGUUGAUUGUGAAACGUGUUCAUGAGCAUUUUGAGGGGGUUAAUGCCAUCCGGUGCCUUGACAAGUGAGAGCUUUCAAUUUAAGCUGCUAACCAGAAAUUUAGGAUGAAUUUGAGUGGAUUAUAAUAACAGUUGUUUUCUCAAUUAUUUGUGACCUGAAGAUUGGAGGGACAUAGAAUGCGUCAUUAAUUCUCA